AGAAGGACCGCACCUGGGCCGAGGCUGCCCGCCUGGCACUAGAAAAGCAUCCCAACUCACCAAUGACAGCAAAGCAAAUAUUGGAAGUCAUUCAGAAAGAAGGGUUAAAAGAAACAAGUGGAACCUCUCCAUUAGCCUGUCUGAAUGCAAUGCUUCACACUAACACUCGAAUAGGGGAUGGAACAUUCUUCAAAAUCCCUGGAAAGUCAGGCCUCUAUGCUCUCAAAAAAGAGGAAUCCUCGUGCUCAGCGGAUGGAGCUGUGGAUUUAGUCUGUGACUCUGAGUUGGAUGGCACAGAAAUGGCUGAGGCAAAUGCCAAUGGAGAGGAAAAUGGAGUUUGUGUGAAGCAGGUAACCGAUGAAGCAUCUUCCACUCGAGAUUCAAGCCUUACUAACACAGCAGUGCAAAGCAAGUUAGUGUCUUCCUUUCAGCAACACACCAAAAAGGCUCUUAAACAGGCUCUGAGGCAGCAGCAGAAAAGAAGAAAUGGAGUCUCAAUGAUGGUAAACAAGACUGUGCCUCGUGUUGUGUUGACACCAUUAAAGGUGUCCGAUGAGCAGUCGGAUUCACCUUCAGGAUCCGAAUCUAAAAAUGGUGAAGCAGACAGUUCAGAUAAAGAAAUGAAACAUGGGCAAAAAUCUCCUACUGGAAAGCAAACAAAUCAGCACUUAAAACGAUUAAAAAAGUCUGGUUUAGGACACUUGAAAUGGACCAAAGCUGAGGACAUUGACAUAGAAACCCCAGGAUCUAUUCUUGUCAACACUAACUUGAGGGCAUUAAUAAAUAAACAUACAUUUGCUUCCUUACCUCAGCAUUUUCAACAAUACCUCCUGCUUUUACUCCCAGAAGUGGAUAGGCAGAUGGGAAGUGAUGGAAUUUUACGCCUCAGCACUUCAGCUCUAAAUAAUGAAUUUUUUGCAUAUGCAGCACAAGGGUGGAAGCAACGACUGGCAGAAGGGGAAUUUACCCCAGAAAUGCAAUUGCGGAUAAGGCAAGAAAUUGAGAAGGAAAAGAAAACAGAACCUUGGAAAGAAAAAUUCUUUGAGAGGUUUUAUGGAGAAAAGUUGGGCAUGUCGAGAGAGGAUUCUGUGAAGCUGACUUCCGGACCAAACAGUGAUGGAGCUGAGAGUAGUUCCUCCUGUGGGACCUCUGGCCCUCCUGGGCCUUCUGUGCAGACCCCCUUGGAAGAAGAAAAGCCAAAAAGCAUGAGAAGUGCAGCUUCUCCAGAGCCUGAUUUCUGCGACACGCUUUGUCCUAUGAUAGAGGUUCCAGCGAAAGACGCCAUGGCGGAGUCCACAUCUGAGGAUAUCCUGAUUCCUGAGGCGUCUCUGAUUCAGGAGGAAGUUGCAGAAGAGGUGGAGACCAGCAUCUGCGAAUGCCAGGAUGAACAUCACAAGACAAUCCCUGAGUUUUCUGAGGAGUCUGAAAGUCCAGCCCACCCUUGUGAAGAGCCUCAGAUAACACCUCCCGAAGAUACUUUGGAAUCCUGUGUUGUGAUGAAUGAUGUUUUAGAAACCUUGCCUCAUAUUGAAGUUAAGAUCGAAGACAAAUCAGAAUCUCCCCAGGAAGAAAUGUCUGUUGUUAUUGAUCAGCUUGAAGUCUGUGACUCUCUUGUUCCUUCCACUUCAUCUGUGACUCACGUCAGUGACACAGAACUUAAGGAGCCAGAAACUGUAAUAGAGACCAAUACUCCAAAAAUGAAAACAGCAGCACCUUCUCUGGAAGACCAGUUUCCAAGUGAAGGAAUUGCUGUGGAUAUGGAGCUGCAGAGUGAUCCUGAUGAGCAGCUUUCUGAAAACGCUUGCAUCUCUGAAACGUCCUUCUCCUCCGCGAGCCCAGAGGGAGCCUGCACCAGCGUGCCGUCCCCAGGUGGGGAAACCCAGUCCACAUCAGAGGAGUCCUGUACUCCAGCCUCCCUGGAGACAACGUUUUGUUCUGAAGUGUCCAGCACUGAAAAUACAGACAAAUAUAAUCAGAGAAAUCCUCCUGAUGAAAACCUUCAUGCAUCUCUGAUGUCAGAAAUAUCUCCAGCAUCCACGUCACCUGAAAUAUCAGAAGCAUCACUUAUGUCCACUUUGCCAUUAACCUCUGAAGCAUCACCAGUAUCCAACUUACCUCUAACAUCGGAAACAUCACCGAUGUCAGAUUUACCCUUGACGUCCGAAACCUCUUCAGUGUCUUCCAUGCUUCUCACCUCUGAGACCACUUUUGUGUCUAGUCUGCCACUCCCCUUGGAAACAUCUCCAGUAUCUAAUUCUUCCAUGAAUGAAAGAAUGGUGCACCCACAAAAAAAGUCGCCAUCGGUAUCUGAAGAACCGCUCUCCCCGCAGAAAGAUGAGCCUUCUACCCCUGCCAAAUCCCUGGCUGAGAACUUUAUCUCUCAACCCAAGACUCUGUCCAAUACUCCUGAGCCCAUCAAAAUCGGUCCUUCUUCCAUAGCUCCUGAAGCUUUUCCAUCUGAAGACUUGCACAAUAAGACCCUGAGUCAGCAGCCUUCUAAAUCACACGUGGAAACUGAGAAGCCCUAUCCUGCUUCAAUCCCAGAACUUCCUUCUACAGAAAUGAUGAAAGUUAAAAACCAUAGCGUUCUGCAAAGAACAGAAAAGAAAGGCAUGUCCUCACCAUUGGAAGUAUCUGUCUUUUCUGAAGAAACAGAGAGUAAGGUCAGUGAGCUUCCCUCAGUUAAAUUACAGGAUAAGCAGUAUGUCUCAUCGGUGGAUAAGGCUUCAUUUUCAGAAGGUUCUAGAAACAAAGCACAUAAACAAGGGAGCAUGCAGAAUCGGUCGGAGAGCUCACAUGCUUCCAAGUCAGCAGAGCCCUCCAGGUCACCUGAGGGGGUAAGAAAUGACAGCAGAGAAUCAGAGAUAUCAAAGAGGAAAACCGCAGAGCAGCACAGCUUUGGAAUUUGUAAGGAAAAGAGAGCUAGGAUAGAAGAUGAUCAGUCAACCCGGAACGUAUCAUCCAGCAGCCCACCGGAGAAAGAGCAACCUCCAAGAGAGGAACCCAGGGUUCCUCCGCUCAAGAUCCAGCUUUCCAAAAUUGGACCGCCUUUUAUUAUCAAGAGCCAGCCAGUCUCGAAACCAGAAUCGCGCACAUCCACUAGCACAUCUGUCAGUGGGGGGAGGAACACAGGAGCCAGGACCCUUGCAGAUAUCAAGGCUCGUGCCCAGCAAGCUCGGGCGCAGCGCGAAGCUGCUGCGGCUGCUGCUGUAGCUGCUGCAGCAAGCAUUGUCUCAGGAGCCAUGGGGAGCCCAGGAGAGGGAGGAAAAGCAAGAACCCUGGCACAUAUCAAAGAGCAGACCAAGGCUAAGCUCUUUGCAAAGCAUCAAGCCCGAGCCCACCUCUUCCAGACCACUAAAGAGACCCGGUUGCCUCCACUCAGCUCCAAGGAAGGGCCUCCGAGUUUGGAUGUCUCCUCUACCCCUGAAACAAAAAUGGAAGGUUCCACGGGCGUCAUUAUUGUCAAUCCUAACUGCAGAUCUCCUAGCAACAAGUCUGCACACCUCCGGGAGACCACCACUGUAUUGCAGCAGUCUCUCAACCCAACUCAACUUCCAGAAACUGUCACGGACUUAUCCGUGCAUAGUUCUGACGAGAACAUACCUGUGUCACAUUUGUCUGAGAAAAUUGUUUCAUCUACCUCUUCUGAAAAUAGCAGUGUUUCCAUGCUUUUUAAUAAAAAUCCUGUCCCUGUGUCGAUUUGCAGCACUGCUAUGUCGGGAGCAAUUAAAGAACAUCCCUUUGUGAGUUCCGUUGAUAAGUCAUCUGUCCUAAUGUCUGUUGACAGUGCAAACACUACGAUUUCUGCUUGUAAUAUAAGCAUGUUAAAAACCAUGCAGGGAACUGACACUCCGUGCAUAGCCAUUAUACCAAAAUGCAUUGAAAGCACUUCUCUUCCAGCCACUACAGAGGGCUCCAGUGUCCUGAGCUCCACAGACGAGAAGCAGUUGCUCAUCUCCUGCAGCAGUGCCAGUAACUCGGUCUCCGGUCAGUACACCUCUGUGCCAACUCCUUCUAUUGGAAACAGUUUGCCAAACCAUCUCUCCACUAGCUCUGUCUUGAUUCCCGCUCCGGGAAUGAACAACAGGUUUCCUUCUGAGAAGAUAGCCAUGCCUGGGAGUGAAGAACAGGCCCCUGCAUCCAUGGGUACCACUGUGAGAGCAGCCCUUGGCUGCGGUGAUUCCGUGGUGGCCACGGACUCGCUGGUGGCACGCCCGCCCGUCGCGAUGUUUGCUGGAAACGUGCUAACAGUAAACUCUUACGACAGUCCUCCCAAGUUAAGUGCCGAAAGCUUGGACAAGCAUUCAGGGCCUCGAAACAGGGCAGACAAUUCGGGAAAACCUCAGCAGCCAGCAGGGGGCUUUGCACCAGCAGCCAUAAACAGAUCAAUUCCGUGCAAAGUCAUUGUGGACCACAGCACCACGCUGACCUCCAGUUUGUCACUGACUGUCUCCAUUGAAAGUGCAGAAGCCACCGGGGACCCACAGAGCAGAUUGGUGAGGACAGAGACAUCCAUACAGCCCCUGGCAUGUCCUCAAGUGUCUGUGAUUAGCAGGCCAGAGCCAGCUGCAAAUGAAGGUAUAGAUCAUGGAACUAGUUUCAUUGCUGUGUCUGCAGCAAAACAAGACUGUAAAACCUUGCAGGCCCCCUGUGCCAGUCUCCGAGAAUUGCCCCUUGUGCCAGAUAAAGUAAAUGAGGCAAGUGCACCUAGUCAUAGCUUUGCUGAGCAGGCCCAUGGCCCCACUACUUUCAAAAGUGAAGCAGACACAACCUGUAGCAACCAGUAUCCCCCAGCUAACCGGAUCUGCUGGAAUGAUGAUGGGAUCAGGAACACAGGCCAGCCUCUGCUUAGUCACGCAGGUUCAAGCAAACAGAAGGAAUAUCUGGAGCAGAGCUGUCCGAAGGCUAUCAAAACGGAACAUGCCAGCUACUCACAUGUGUCAGAACUUCAUCCCAGGAACCUCCUGACAAAUAUUGCUCUUCCUGUGAAAUCUGAGCCUCCCGAAGCGGACAAGAGCUUUAGAAUGGAUACUGAAGACUUCCCCGGCCCUGAGCUGCCUCCUCCGGCUGCAGAGGUGGCCGCUGGUGUGCAACCCACACAGGGCGUGAAAGCUUCCACUUCGAGCCCCAUGGAAGAGGCCAUCUCCUUGGCUACAGACAGCUUAAAGAGAGUCCCGAGCGCAGGAAGCUCCAGCUGUCGUCUGUCAUCCGUGGAGGCUAACAACCCCCUGGUGACACAGUUACUACAGGGCAACCUGCCUUUGGAAAAGGUAUUGCCACAGCCCAGACUGGGAGGCAAACUCGAAAUCAACAGGCUGCCGCUGCCUCUUCAAACUACCUCAGUGGGGAAAGCAGCACCGGAGAGGAGCGUUGCUGAACUGCCGACCAGCUCUCCCAACCCAGAUGGAAAGGGCUACUUGGCGGGGACUCUUGCCCCACUACAGAUGAGAAAGCGAGAAAACCACCCCAAAAAGAGAGUAGCCAGGACUGUGGGGGAGCACACCCAAGUUAAAUGUGAACCAGGGAAACUGCUGGUGGACCCAGACGUGAAAGGGGUGCCUUGUGUCAUCAAUUCUGGCCUGAGUCAGUUGGGACACAGCCAGCAAUUUAAGCAAGAGUGGCUGAACAAGCACUCCAUGCAGAGCAGAAUUGUCCACAGCCCCGAGGUCAAACAGCAAAAGCGGCUGCUCCCCUCAUGUAGCUUCCAGCAGAACCUGUUUCCUGUGGACAAGAAUGGCGGCUUCCACCCCGACGCUGGUACCUCACACAGACAGCAGUUUUACCAAAUGCCCAUGGCUGCCAGGGGCCCUGUUCCUACUGCAGCUCUGUUGCAGGCUUCCUCCAAGAGCCCAGUGGGCUGUAAUGCGUUUGCCUUCAAUAGGCAUCUUGAACAAAAGGGAUUGGGAGAGGUUAGUCUGCCUUCAGCGCCUCACCAGCUAAGGCUAGCCAACAUGUUAUCCCCCAAUAUGCCCAUCAAAGAGGGUGAUGACGUGGGAGGUACUGCACAUGCAAUGCCAAACAAAGCACUAGUGCAUCCUCCACCGCCUCCACCCCCGCCCCCGCCUCCCCCUCCACCCUUGGCCUUGCCCCCACCUCCCCCUCCACCACCUCCACUACCUCCACCUCUUCCUAAUGCAGAAGUCCCAACCGAGCAGAAACAACCGCCGGUUACCAUGGAAACCACUAAGAGACUUAGUUGGCCACAGUCCACGGGCAUAUGUAGCAAUAUAAAAUCGGAACCUCUUUCUUUUGAGGAAGGUUUAAGCAGCAGCUGUGAACUGGGCAUGAAACAAGUUUCCUAUGACCAGAAUGAAAUGAAAGAACAGUUAAAAGCGUUUGCGCUAAAAAAUGCAGAUUUCUCUUCCUAUUUGCUCUCUGAGCCACAAAAGCCUUUUACUCAAUUAGCUGCUCAGAAAAUGCAGGUGCAGCAGCAACAGCAGCAGCUCUGUGGAAACUAUCCAACAAUACACUUCGGGAGCACGAGCUUCAAAAGGGCAGCAUCUGCAAUUGAAAAGUCUAUUGGGAUUUUGGGAAGUGGCUCCAGCACUGCCACGGGCCUGCCUGGUCAGAACGCUCAGAUGCCUGUUCAGAACUUUGCCGACAGCAGCAACGCGGAUGAAUUGGAACUGAAAUGCUCUUGCCGGCUGAAAGCCAUGAUUGUGUGCAAAGGCUGCGGGGCCUUCUGCCACGACGACUGCAUAGGUCCUUCCAAACUCUGUGUAGCUUGCCUGGUUGUGCGAUAA